AUGAUGAUGACAAUGAAAACCUCACCAUCCAUUUGUAGUAACAGCUUCAUCUUCUACUCUUCACCAUCAACUCAAAACUCUCACACUUUCUCACCUUUUCUGGUCAAAUCCAUGGCUACUCCCAAACCUCCUCCACCAUCUGUCUCUAGAACCGUAUCUUCUAAAAAGAACUCAACUGUAUUUCCACUUGGGGAAAAACCUAGGAGCGCUGUAACAGCAUCACCUUCCAUAAAACUUCUCACAAGAAUGGAACAACUGAGACUGUUAACAAAAGCCGAGAAAGCGGGGUUACUAUCUGCAGCAGAGAAAUUUGGGCUAUCUCUUUCAACAAUAGAGAAGCUUGGUCUCCUCUCAAAAGCAGAAGAACUCGGUGUUUUGUCUGCUGCUACUGAUCCAACAACACCAGGAUCACUCUUCACACUCAGCUUUGUUUUACUUGUUUUAGGACCUUUGUUUGUUUACCUUGUUCCGGAAGAUAACUUUGGUGAGAUUGGAUUACAGGUUGUGGUUGCUUUGAUCAGUGUUUUAGGUGGCUCUGCUGGUUUUGCUGCAUCAAGUUUCGUGUCUAAUUUGCAGAAACUAAAAUAA